AUGGAUUUAGAUCGCAACCAACCUCCUCCUCUUAGAAGCCGGAGCCGAUCGCCUCCCCGUCCUUCGCCCCCUCAUCGACCAUCAGCUGACCGAGGCCCCAUGAGUCUAGAUGGCGGAGAGAGUGAAGUUGGGGAGUCAGGUCAAUCUCGGUUUGGGGUCAAUAUUCCAACCCAACCACGGGGCCUAAGUGGCCGCCAAUCGCCCCCAACAGGGCCAUUGCAGGGACCAAGAGGCAUUCCUCCCCAUCCUCGUGGCUCUCAUAACUUAUCCGUCUUGUCGGCACCUACGCGCCCUCGUCGUGGUCACGGUUCCCGCGACGGACCCUGGCCCAGUGGGCCAAUGCCCCGCCGUGGUCCAAUCUCGACUACACCGCACGGUCCGCCUUCAGGUCCUCGAGCUUCAUUUUCUUCUGGCAUGCCAGGAGGAAACUUCCGUCAUCCGGGGUCCCGGCAGAAUAGCACUAUUUCUGGCCCACCUCCUGCCUCGCCCGUCCCAAAAACCCCCGGUCAUCUCGCUGGAUUAUCUACUGUGAUUCCGGCAGGCAGGGUCCUCCCAUCUGGGCUAGAUCCGGUCGCGGAGAAGCGUCUCACCCAGCUCGAAGCUGACCACGAGAGGCUACUUCAGCAGAUGGCUGAGAGUCAACGACUGAAGCGAGCAGGACUGCGCGAUUGGGAUCGACUGGACCACGAAAGCUCUAUCUGCGCGCUUAAGAGUGAACUAGCCGACGGACAUCUACAACGGAUGGCAGAUGAGGCUAUUGGAGGUGGGGUACCCUUCUGA